UGAUUUCUCUCUUCGUUCAAUCCAACGGUUUUCUUACAGAGUUCCAUGUUAGGGAUUAUCCUCUCAAAUGUCAAUUUUCUUCUUCUUUAUCCUCUUUGCUUGAACACAGCUUUAGCUUUCCAAUUAUUUGUUCAGACUUUGGAUUUAGUUUUCCUUGUUGAUUAUGAUACGAAUCUCCACCAGUAGCAUUUUCUAUCAACUUCAUCCCAAACAGCCGCUGGUUAAUGGAACUCCAAGGAGUUCGUAUACUCGUUACUGGAGAGGCUCAAUUGAGCAAACUCUCAGUGUCUUAAGCUCUCGCCGAAGAUGCUCUCGAUUGGCUACUGUUGCCGCCAUUGUUGAGGAAGUUCACAAAUUAGAGAAUGAAAGAGAGAAACCGAGGUUUCGAUGGGUCGAGGUGGGAUCUGAUAUUACUGAAAUCCAGAAGCAGGCUAUAUCUCAGCUUCCUCCUAAGAUGACUAAAAGAUGUAAGGCUCUUAUGAAACAAAUUAUAUGUUUUUCGCCUCAAAAGGGUAGUUUAUCUGAUAUGUUGACGGCUUGGGUGAGGAUUAUGAAGCCUGAAAGAGCUGAUUGGCUUUCAGUUCUUAAGCAUUUGAGGAUUUCGAAUCAUCCUCUCUACAUCGAGGUGGCAGAAGCUGCUCUUGUAGAGAUAACAUUUGAAGCCAAUACUCGAGACUACACAAAGAUUAUUCAUCACUAUGGGAAGCGAAACCAACUCGAGGAUGCUGAAAAAGUUCUAUUAAGCAUGAGAGAAAGGGGUUUAGCUUGUGAUCAGAUCACAUUAACUACAAUGAUCCACAUAUAUAGCAAAGCUGACAGACUUAAUCUGGCCAAACAAACUUUUGAAGAGCUCAAACUGCUCGAGAAAUCGUUGGAUAGAAGAUCAUACGGUGCGAUGAUUAUGGCAUAUGUCAGGGCUGGGAUGCCAGAGGAAGGAGAAAACAUUCUGAAAGAAAUGGAUGCAAAACAAAUUUAUGCAGGAAGUGAAGUUUACAAGGCUUUGUUAAGAGCAUAUUCCAUGGCUGGCAAUGCUGAAGGAGCCCAAAGGGUAUUUGAUGCAAUUCAAUUGGCUGUUAUUCCUCCUGAUGAAAAGUUAUGUGGUCUUCUGAUCAAUGCCUAUCUGAUGGCCGGUGAAAGCCGAAAGGCGCAAAUUGCUUUUGACAAUAUGAGGAGGGCUGGUAUUGAACCUAGUGACAAAUGCAUAGCCUUGGUAUUAAGCGCAUAUGAAACGGAGAACAGGCUAAACGCAGCGUUGGAACUCCUGAUAGAUUUGGAGAAAGAUAACCUUGUGGUUAGGAAGGAAGCUUCAGAAAUAUUAGCAGCUUGGCUUAAACGACUAGGGGUGGUAGAAGAGGUUGAACUUGUCCUGAGAGAAUACACUGCGAAAGAAGUGAGCGGAUAAGGAGAAACCCUGAGAUUAGCAGUCUAAUCACCCGUUAGGCUCGUUUAGGGACGUUCGGAAACAGUGAGGCAUCAAUGCAUUGCAUCGAAGACGGUUGUUUUUGGACAACUUGUUGAUCAAUGCUGCCCAUGGAUGGGAAAUUG